AUGUUGAAAGAAAUUAAAAAACUAAACUGGGAAAUAGGCGAUUUAAAAAGAAAUGUUAACAAAAUUCAUGAUAUGUUAGUUGUAAAUAAUUCACUUAGUAUUCAAAGUUCCAAUGAAGGACCUUGGCAGCUCCCUAUUGAAACCCAGGCUUCACUUGAUCAGCUAGAACUGCACUUGAAAGAAGAAAAAAAUUCUGAAAUGCUGGGUCACCGGUUGUACCUUUGUGGUGGGGACACUGUCCACAAGGCAGUUUUUCUAAUAUUGAAAAAACUAUUAUCAAGAGAAGUGGCUGUCCUAUACUCAGGGUCUGGAAAAAAAGGAAAGUUAUCCUUUCAAAAAUUAUUUUGUUAUUUGGCUGUAAUAAAAGCUAUCCGUAAACGCUUCCCAACCGCCACUGAUUCAGAAUUAAACAAAUCCAUCUCCCUGUAUUUGGCAGGAGCGUCAGAUAGAGGGGGUGGACGCAAAAACCGAUAA